GGCAUUGUAUACCUUAAAAGGACAUAUAUCGAUUAAAGAAAUAAGACCUAAUGAUUUAAAUGAUAUUAAAUUAGAAUAAAAACUUACAAAAUGGAAGUGGAAAUAGAUAAAGUGUAUUUUGCGCUUCUACAUUUAGACAAGCAGAAUGUUUUAGAACUACUGGAUGGAGAUAUUGACCCAAAUUAUUAUGUAUCAGACGGAACUGCUACUGGCAUAACGUGCUAUUUAUAUAAAGCUGUCACAAGGAAUGAGGUGGAGAUAGUUGAAAAACUGUUAACGAAAGGGGCUGAUCCAAACUUUGAAGACGAAGAAGGGGAAACGCCAUUAUUUGCAGCUUUAGAAAAUGAUAUGGAUUCAAGUAUACAGAAGGUACUGUAUGCAUAUGGAGCUAACAAAAAUCACAAAAACAAAGCAGGGAACACACCGCUUAUGUACAUAGCUUUGCGUGGUUCGGACCAUGGGUUUAAAUAUACUGAUGAAACAUUGUUUAAUCUAUUAUCAGGAUGUGUGGACUUUUCGGAAAUGAACUCAAGAGAACAAUCUCUGAUACAUUUGUUACCUUAUUUACACACAUGUGAACAAGUAAUAAAAGACGAGGAACAUAUCUGUAGAAAAUAUUUAAGGAUUCUUUUAUCUAAAUGGUGUUUCAGUUAACAUGACAGACGGAUCUUCCCUAACACCUAUACAUUACGCUUGUAAAACAUGUUGCAUGGACGCUGUAGUUAUUCUUUUCGAAAGUGGAGCUGACCUUAAACUGCGAACAAUUUCCGGACAAUCGGUUGUACAUCUAUUGGGAUGUAAU